AUGUCCGUUCUUAUCAAUAGUAGCACAACUAAGGAUUUCAAAGUUGAGAAAGGGCUUCGUCAAGGCGAUCAUUUGUCCCCUUUUAUUUUUGUUUUAGCUAGGGAGGCUCUCACAGCUUUAAUGAGGAAAUCUAGAGAAAGAGGAGAUUUUCGGGGCUUUAAGAUUAAUGGUGAUAAGGAGGUGGAUAUGCUUCAACUUGCGGACGAUACGAUUAUUAUAGCCAAGAGAGACACCGCAAAUUUGUGGAGUUUAAAAACUGUGUUAAGAGGAUUUGAAUUGAUGUCCGGUUCUCGGAUAAACUUUCAUAAAAGUAAUGUAUACGGGCUUAAUGUAGGUAAUUGGUUUAUGGAAGCCGCCUCUUCCUCUCUAUCUUGUAAUGUGGGUACUUUGCCUUUUAAAUUUCUUGGUGUUAAGGUGGGAGGGAACUCUAGAAGGAUUUCUUUGUGGAAAGAUUUGAUUUUGAUGAUGAGGAAAAGAUUGGCCGUUUGA